AUGAGUCCUCAGAAUGGGAUCAGCAAGUACUCGCAGAAAGCGGAGCACUUCGACAAGGCCGCUGUGCGAAAGCACACCGCCCACGUUGCCGCCUGGAUCGCCUAUGGCCCAGAGGGCCGGAUCCCGGAGGUUGAGGAACUCGAGCUCUUAAAAAAGUUCAUCGACAAAGUGGGAGCUGGGCUGCUGCCGUCUCGUUUAAACGAGGUCUUGCCGGAUGCGCAAGCUGUGCUGCGCAUGGUGGUUUCCACCGGUCAGGCAGGCGAGGGCUGGAAGCAGGCAGAGCGAAAGCUGCGGGCAAGUCUGCGGAAGUUCCGCUGCUGCAGGGAGCUGGCGGACAAAGCAGCCGCCAAGCAAGCAGCAGACGAAAAGGUGGAAGAGAUCGUAAUGGUUUCGGAUAGCGACGCGGCCGAGACAGGACCGCAACCUGAGGAAGCCGUACUCCUGCAUGUCGACGAGGACGACGACCUGGAAACUUUUGCCGCGUCCGAGCAGCACCUCCAGCUCGUCAGCAAGAUGAACGAGUGGGGCUUCUUGGAUGACGCUCAGAGAGUCGAGCGCCUGCAGCAGGCAGAGGCGGCAGCUCGGCGCCGGCGCAAGAAUGUCAGCCAAGAAGAGCUGGCCGAGGUCCUCAACACGGCUGCCGCAGCCCUUGCUGCUCCCCGCAGACGGGCCACAUGGCGAGAAGUUGACUCGGAAGGCUCUGAGGAGGCAAAAACGGCCACGCAGCCGCAGGGUCCGAAGUUUGAUCUGCAACGGCGGGUGCGGGCGCUGCUGCUCGAUGCUCUGAACUUGUGGCGCACGAAGCAGUAUAAUUGCUCCGCAAUCGCACACGUGCUUGACUUUGUGCAGGUGAAGAUCAGCAAGUUCGAAGACAACGUCGGCGAGAUUGGGGGAGCUGCUGCCGGGGCUGUCUGGGUUUCCAUCCAGCAGGCCAUCGACGACAUGCUGAAUGGUGAGGAAAUGCAAACUGGCGACUUCGCCCUUCCUGCGGCCAUGGCGGCGGACACACUGACGAGACGACUUGGGAGGCAACGAAGCAUGCAUUGCGCUGAAGAGAACGAGUCAAGCGCCGAGUGCUUUCCGGCUGCCAAGACAAGGGCAGCGAGGGGCCCGUCGACGAGACUUGAGCGCCAAAGCGGCAUCCAAGGCAUUUCGUGGAACACGUCGACGCCUGGGUGGAGGGUCUCAUGGCAGGAGGAUGGUCGUCCAAGAAGGCUGCAGUUCUCCAUCUCCAAGUUCCUGAAGCAGGGCCUUAGUGAGGAGUUGGCUGACCAGUCGGCUCUGCAGGAGGCCAAGGACUGCCGCGAAGAGCUGGUUCGCCAGGGCAAGCUACAGCCCCCAAAGCCCCGUUUGGAAAAAAGCUCCCUGGUGAGAGGGGUGUCUUUCUCCAGGACUCAGCAGAAGUGGAGGGUAGACUUCGAGGACCCUGCUGAAAGGAAGCGCGUCUUCGGUGGAAGCUUUGCCACACAGAACGAAGCCGAGGCAAGAGCUCGAGAGAUGGCCCGGAAGUCCGGUGUGCCAGCCGAAGUGGAAGUGGUACCAGCGAGAAAGCUUUCGGAGAUGCCGCACUUCGAGCCACUCGGACCACAGAAAGGAAUUUGGUGGAGACUUGGUGAACAGUGCUGGCAUGCCACUCUCCGGGUCUGUGGCAAGACCAAGAACAUGCGAUUCCGUCCCACCAACAGUUCAGAGGGGGAGGUGGCGAAGGCAUGGAAGACAGCAGUGGCUUGGCGCCAGCAACAGAAAGAGAAUAAACAGGCCAAGAUACAUUGA